CAUCACACAGAAGGGGUAUGAGAAGAAGAGAGCAAAGCUGCUGGCUCCAUAUGUUCCACAAACCCAAGGGGUUGAUCCAGCAUUACAGAAGGAAUCCAAACCUCAGAUGCCAGUUCCAUCUGCAGCUCCAGCCUCAGCAUCAUCCUCCUCAUCCUCAUCCUCAUCCAAAUUCCACCGGGCUCGCUCAGGGGGAGCCAGGGAUGAGCGCUAUCGAUCAGACAUCCACACAGAAGCCGUGCAGGCAGCGCUGGCCAAGCACAAGGAGCAGAAGAUGGCCCUGCCCAUGCCCACCAAGCGCCGCUCCACCUUCGUCCAGUCCCCGGCCGACGCCUGCACUCCCCCAGACACGUCUUCCGCCUCCGAGGACGAGGGCUCGCUCAGGCGCCAGGCUGCUCUCUCUGCUGCAUUGCACCAGAGCUUACAGAAUGCUGAGUCUUGGAUCAACCGAUCUGUUCAGGGGUCAUCCACAUCCUCAUCAGCAUCCUCUACACUUUCCCAUGGAGAAGGCAAAGGGACCAGUGGGUCACUAGCUGAUGUUUUUGCCAAUACUCGAAUAGAAAGUUUCUCAGUCCCCCCAGAUGUCACAGCAACUACCUCCACCCCCUCAGCACGGCCAGCAGCCAUCGACCUCCCUCCCUCUGGAAUUGUCAAGGGGAUGCACAAGGGAUCCAACCGCUCCAGCCUGAUGGACACUGCAGAUGGUGUUCCUGUGAGCAGCAGAGUCUCCACAAAAAUCCAGCAGUUGCUGAAUACCUUGAAAAGACCUAAAAGGCCACCCCUGAAGGAAUUCUUUGUGGAUGAUUUUGAAGAAAUUGUGGAAGUUCCCCAGCCUGACCCGAACCAGCCCAAGCCCGAGGGCCGCCAGAUGACCCCGGUGAAGGGGGAGCCCCUGGGGGUGGUUUGUAAUUGGCCUCCUGCCCUGGAAGCAGCUCUGCAGCGCUGGGGAACCACUCAGGCCAAGUGUCCCUGCCUGACAGCCCUGGAUGUGACAGGAAAACCAGUUUAUACCCUCACCUAUGGAAAGCUGUGGAGCAGAAGUCUCAAGCUGGCCUACACCCUGCUGAAUAAACUGGGCACCAAAAACGAGCCUGUCUUAAAACCUGGAGACAGGGUGGCCCUUGUGUACCCCAACAACGACCCUGUGAUGUUCAUGGUGGCAUUUUAUGGCUGUCUGCUGGCAGAAGUGAUCCCAGUGCCUAUAGAGGUACCUCUUACCAGAAAGGAUGCUGGUGGGCAGCAGAUUGGUUUCCUGCUGGGGAGCUGUGGCAUUGCUCUGGCCCUCACCACUGAAGUGUGUCUGAAAGGGCUCCCAAAAACCCAGAAUGGAGAAAUUGUGCAGUUUAAAGGUUGGCCCAGACUCAAAUGGGUUGUGACAGAUUCAAAAUAUCUCUCCAAAUCUCCCAAGGAUUGGCAGCCCAACAUCUCAGCAGCAGGAACUGAGCCAGCAUAUAUUGAGUACAAGACCAGCAAGGAGGGCAGUGUCAUGGGUGUCACCGUGUCCAGGGUGGCCAUGCUGGCUCACUGCCAGGCCCUGUCCCAGGCCUGCAACUACUCUGAAGGUGAAACCAUCGUGAAUGUGCUGGAUUUUAAGAAGGAUGCAGGGCUGUGGCAUGGCAUUCUGACGAAUGUGAUGAACAAGCUGCACACUAUCAGCGUGCCCUACUCUGUGAUGAAAACCUGUCCUCUCUCCUGGGUGCAGAGGGUUCACGCCCACAAAGCUAAAGUGGCUCUGGUCAAGUGUCGGGACUUGCACUGGGCCAUGAUGGCCCAUCGGGACCAGAGGGACGUGAGCCUGAGCUCGCUGCGCAUGCUGAUCGUCACCGACGGGGCCAACCCCUGGUCUGUUUCCUCCUGUGAUGCCUUCCUGAGCUUGUUUCAGAGCCAUGGGCUGAAACCAGAGGCGAUUUGUCCCUGUGCCACCUCCCCCGAGGCGAUGACCGUGGCGAUCCGGAGGCCUGGAGUCCCUGGGGCCCCUUUGCCAGGCAGAGCCAUCCUGUCCAUGAACGGGCUGAGUUUUGGGGUGAUCCGGGUCAACACUGAAGAUAAAAACUCUGCUCUCACUGUCCAGGACGUGGGGCACGUGAUGCCAGGAGGCAUGAUGUGUAUAGUGAAACCAGAUGGGCCACCCCAGCUCUGUAAAACAGAUGAGAUUGGUGAGAUCUGUGUGAGCUCCAGAGCAGGAGGAAUGAUGUACUAUGGGCUGGCAGGGGUGACAAAGAACACUUUUGAGGUGAUCCCUGUGAACUCCUCUGGCUCUCCAGUGGGGGAAGUGCCCUUCGUGCGCUCCGGCUUGCUGGGAUUUGUUGGCCCUGGCAGUUUGGUGUUUGUGGUUGGGAAGAUGGACGGGUUGCUGACGGUGAGUGGGAGGAGGCACAACGCCGACGACAUCGUGGCCACUGGGCUGGCAGUGGAGUCCAUCAAAACAGUUUACAGAGGAAGGAUUGCAGUGUUCUCUGUGUCUGUGUUCUACGACGAGAGGAUCGUGGUGGUGGCAGAGCAGAGGCCAGAUGCCUCUGAGGAGGACAGCUUCCAGUGGAUGAGCAGGGUGCUGCAGGCCAUUGACAGCAUUCACCAAGUGGGUGUUUACUGCCUUGCUCUGGUGCCAGCCAACACAUUGCCAAAAACUCCUCUGGGAGGGAUCCACAUCUCCCAAACCAAGCAGCACUUUCUGGAGGGCUCUCUGCACCCCUGCAACAUCCUCAUGUGCCCACACACGUGUGUGACUAACUUGCCAAAGCCCAGGCAGAAACAGCCAGGUGUGGGCCCUGCCUCUGUGAUGGUGGGGAACCUGGUUGCUGGGAAGAGAAUUGCUCAAGCCUCUGGGAGAGAUCUGGGUCAAAUAGAGGACAAUGAUUUAGUUAAAAAGCACCAGUUCCUGACAGAAGUGUUGCAGUGGAGAGCUCAAGCCACUCCUGACCACCCACUCUUCCUUUUAUUGAAUGCCAAGGGAACCACUGUGUGCACGGCCACCUGCCUGCAGCUGCACAAAAAGGCUGAGAGGAUUGCAUCAGUGCUGUGUGACAAAGGCCAUCUCAAUGCAGGGGACAAUGUGGUGCUUCUUUAUCCUCCUGGCAUUGAGCUGAUCACAGCCUUCUAUGGCUGCCUGUACUCGGGCUGUGUCCCUGUCACCGUGCGCCCGCCCCACGCCCAGAGCCUGGUGGCCACGCUGCCCACAGUGAGGAUGAUCGUGGAGGUCAGCAAAGCUGCCUGCAUCCUCACAACCCAGACCUUGAUGAGGCUGCUCAAGUCCAGAGAGGCAGCUGGGGCUGUGGAUGUGAAAACCUGGCCAACCAUCAUCGACACAGAUGACUUGCCCAGGAAGCGACUGGCCCAGAUCUACAAGCCACCCACACCUGAAAUGUUGGCUUAUCUAGAUUUUAGUGUUUCCACAACAGGCAUGCUCACAGGAGUAAAGAUGUCCCAUGCUGCUGUCAGUGGCCUCUGCAGGGCCAUCAAGCUGCAGUGUGAGCUCUACUCCUCCCGGCAGAUUGCCAUUUGUCUGGACCCCUACUGCGGGCUGGGAUUUGUGCUCUGGUGCCUUUGCAGUGUGUAUUCUGGACAUCAGUCAAUUUUAAUUCCUCCUAUGGAGCUGGAAUCCAAUCUUUUUCUCUGGUUAUCUACUGUCAGCCAGUAUAAAAUAAGGGACACUUUCUGUUCCUAUUCAGUCAUGGAACUGUGUACAAAGGGACUUGGAAACCAAGUUGAAAUGUUAAAGGCCCGAGGCAUUAACCUGUCCUGUGUGAGGACCUGCGUGGUGGUGGCCGAGGAGCGGCCGCGGGUCUCCCUCACUCACUCCUUCUCCAAACUCUUCAAGGACAUCGGCCUGUCCCCCCGAGCUGUCAGCACCACCUUUGGCUCACGGGUCAACGUGGCCAUCUGCUUACAGGGAACAUCGGGGCCCGAUCCCACCACGGUGUAUGUAGACCUGAAAUCCUUGAGACAUGACAGGGUCCGUCUGGUGGAACGAGGAGCUCCUCAGAGCCUGCUGCUCUCUGAGUCUGGGAAGAUUCUGCCUGGAGUCAAAGUGGUCAUUGUCAAUCCAGAGACAAAAGGGCCUCUGGGAGAUUCUCACCUUGGGGAGAUCUGGGUGAACAGCCCCCACACAGCCAGCGGCUACUACACCAUCUACGACAACGAGACCCUGCAGGCCGACCACUUCAACACGCGCCUGAGCUUCGGCGACGCGGCGCAGACGCUCUGGGCGCGCACCGGCUACCUGGGGUUUGUCAGGAGAACAGAGCUGACCGCUGCCAGCGGAGAGCGCCACGACGCCCUGUACGUGGUGGGAGCCCUGGAUGAGACCCUGGAGCUGCGGGGGCUGCGCUACCACCCCAUCGACAUCGAGACCUCGGUGUCCCGCACCCACAGGAGCAUCGCCGAGUGCGCCGUGUUCACCUGGACCAACCUGCUGGUGGUGGUGGUGGAGCUGUGUGGCUGUGAGCAGGAGGCUCUGGAUCUGGUUCCUCUGGUCACCAACGUGGUGCUGGAGGAGCAUUACCUGAUCGUGGGGGUGGUGGUGGUGGUGGACCCUGGAGUCAUCCCCAUCAACUCCCGGGGCGAGAAGCAGCGGAUGCACCUGCGGGACAGUUUCCUGGCAGAUCAGCUGGACCCCAUCUAUGUUGCCUACAACAUGUGAUGGGGACAGGAGGGAUGAGGGUGCUUAGGAAAAUGAAGCUGGUGAAAAUUACUAAUACUUGAUCUCAAGUUUGAAGUUGCUGCCACAUUCCCUCCCUGCCGUGCUGGGGGUUUCAGGAAAUGUGGGAAGCAGCAGCAAACGUUUGUAACAGUUUACUGAACCAUGAGCUUUAGAGAACUGCAAAGUGGGAAAGUGUGUGAGCUACCAACCCCCAAGGCCUUGACAGUAGUGUUACUUUUUCACCCCUUGUACAUAUUUGUAUUUUUAUCUAAUCCCGGGUUAGGAUUCUAUAAGGGGAGGGUUUAUUUAGUUAAGAUAAUAAACUAUUAAAAGGGUCAUCAGAGUUCUGCAGUUCCCUACUCCAUGAUCUCCUUUCACACAACUUCUUGACAAUUGUGCCAUGACCAAAUCAAUAACUUACAGAAUCAAGAGUUGCUUAUUCAUAUAGAGAUUUCUG